AUGUCUGCCCACCAUCGUCCUCUCAAGGCGAUCUCAGUUGGACUGGCUAUACUUUCACUCGUCAACAUUAUCUUUGCUAUCUGGCUUUGGACGUCCGAGCCCGAAGUUCACGUUUACACGUACGAGGAUUCCGACUACCCAGAGUUCUGGCCGCUUCCACCCUCAUUACCGGUCACGCUCGUCGUCGAGGAGACCAUUCACUACCCCAUCGUUGGAGAAAACGCCCAGGACGAAUGGGCCUCUACAGCUUCCGCGGGCUUCGGGUACUUGAGGUUGGGACCCAACUACCGUGCAUUCGCACUUUCAAUGUUCCAUCAGCUUCACUGCCUCCGGCUUAUGCGCUCUGCACUCGCGCCGGGAGACUACCGACCAUCGACAGAGGGACACUUCAAGCAUUGUUUGAACUACUUUCGCCAGGUGAUUCUGUGCGAUCCCGAUUUGACGCUCGAACCCGCCGACGUGCUGGAGCAGGAUGCAAAGGUAGAGCGCGUGAGCUCUGUGCACGUCUGCAAAGACUGGCGACAGGUCUACGACGCUAUGUCCGUCAACUGGGAUGAAUGGGUUGCACAUCGCGAAGCAUUUGUGAACAGCUCCGUCGAGACCGAUGUUCCCGGGAUUAUCUGA